UAUAACGGCAAAUCCUGAGGCUGGGAAGAAAGCACCUUGAUUUUUGCUGGAAAAAUAAUUUUCUUAUUAUAGACAGGAGGAAUUGAUUUAGGUUCCCCCAUAAUACGUCGCAAUGGACGGUAAUGUAGGAAAUGCUACUCCAAGCGAAGAAAAAUAUUCCUCGGGAGAAAAUGUUGAAGAAGAAAUAAAUAAAAAAUCAUCGCCUGAUGUGCCCGCUGAAAAUGGCACUGCACACCAUUCAUCAGGUAAUUCUGAAGAGCAAGGGGACGUCUCAGACGACCAAGAACAUAAAGAAGAUGUCGAUGAAGAACCGAAUGUCGAAAGAAAGGAGCAAAAUGUGGCGGUCAAUGAUGAGGCUGAAGAAGACGAAGCUGAAGAAGAAGAAGAUGAUGAUGAUGAAUUAGAAGAUGAAGAGGAGGAGGAGGAGGAGGAGGAAGAAGCAGCAGGCGGUAGGAGAAAACGCGCACGUCAUGAACGCCGAAAUCAAUUCCUUGAUAUUGAAGCAGAAGUAGACGAAGAUGAAGAGGAAUUGGAUGAUGAAGAAGAUGAAAUUGGAAGAGAAGAUGGUUUUAUUGAGGAGGAAGUCGGUGGAGCCGACUAUGUGGCCGAUGAUCGACGACACCGAGAACUUGAUCGCCAAAGGCAAGAACUACAAUCCGUUGAUGCAGAACGAUUGGCAGAAGAAUAUAGAGAAAAAUAUGGAAGGAGCCAAACUCUCAUUAGCGACACGAGCAACGUCCCUCAAAGACUUCUUCUUCCUUCCGUUAACGAUCCUAAUGUUUGGGCUAUAAGGUGCAAAGCAGGAAAAGAAAAGGAUGUUGUUUUCACUAUUAUGAGAAAAGCUAUGGAUCUUCAAUACACGAGCAUGCCUUUAGAAAUUAUUUCUGCUUUUCAACGUGAUUCACUUGUUGGAUACGUUUACGUUGAAGCUAGGAAGCAAUCACAUGUAUUAGCCGCUUUAAAUGGUAUUUUGAACGUCUAUACAAAUAACAUGAUUCUGGUACCCAUUAAGGAAAUGCCUGAUUUGCUUAAAGUCCAAAAGCAGACCGUCGAGCUUCUACCGGGUGCGUACGUGCGUAUUAAGCGUGGUAAAUACGCCGGUGAUCUUGCCCAGGUGGAUAAUUUAUCUGAAAAUGGCUUAACAGCCCGUGUGCGCAUAAUUCCUCGCGUUGAUUACUCAAACUCGUUAAAAAGAAGUAAAUCAAUUACACGUCCACAAGCUCGUUUGUUUAACGAAAGUGAGGCAUACAAGAGCAACCCCACAAAAUUUUACAGACGGGGCCCUAGAACAUUUGUUUUCAAUAAUGAAGAAUUUGAAGAUGGUUUCCUUGUUAAAGAUAUCCGGAUUUCUUCUCUUGUUACUGAAGGUGUUAAUCCAACUCUCGAUGAAGUUUCGAAGUUCAGCCCAAGUAAUGAAGAUUUGGAUCUUAGUUCACUUGCGUUGAGUGUAAAAAAUGAUCAUGCCGAAUUUAAAGUUGGUGACAUCGUUGAAGUGUUCGUUGGUGAACAAGCUGGUGUCGGUGGUGUUGUCGAAACUGUUCACGGCACUGUUGUUACCAUUGUUUCAAAUGACGGUUUAAGACUGGAUGUUCCUUCUCGUGGCUUAAGAAAGCGUUUUCGUCACGGUGAUUACGUGAAAGUUAUAGCAGGAAAAUAUAAAGACGAUACUGGUAUGGUUGUCCGUAUCUCGAAAGAUGAGGUUACGUUUUUGAGCGAUACCAUGAUGACAGAACUAACUGUUUUUUCUCGUGAUCUUGGUGAAGCUGGCAGUGCUCAAGCUAUUAAUUCUGCGUACGAUCUACACGACCUUGUUCAGCUUGAUGUGAACACGGUCGGUUGUGUCUUCUCAGUUGAAAGAGAUACCUAUCGCGUAGUAGAUCAACAUGGAGGUGUAAGAACCGCUAAAGCAUCACAAAUUACAAUGCGACAUUCAAAUCGACGUGGUGUCGCCACUGACAGGAAUGGUACUGAAAUUCGUGUUGGUGAUAAGGUUAAAGAAGUCGGAGGUGAAAACAAAGAAGGGACUAUAUUACACAUUUACCGGGCAUUUGUUUUCCUUCAUAACAGAGAGCUUAUGGAAAAUAAUGGCGUUUUUGUUGCUAGAAGUCGUAAUGUUGCGACUGUGGCUGCAAAAGGUGCUCGUAUUUCGACAGAUUUAACCAAAAUGAACCCUGCAGUAAAUAGCGGACCCUCUCUACCUCCUGUUGCCAAUAUCAAACGUACCAUCGGCCGUGAUAAGGCUAUUGGUGCCACAGUACGUAUACGUAAAGGACCUAUGAAGGGAUUACUGGGUGUGAUUAAGGAUACUACGGAUGCUAAUGCUCGUGUUGAGUUACAUACGGGAAAUAAGAUAGUACCGGUUCCCAAAGAGAAUUUGCUGUAUACUACUAAGACUGGAGACUUGAUAACUUAUACUGAGUUUAUUGAACGCAGUCGUGGCAUUCGUCCUGGCAGUAUUGGUAACGUGGACGGUCCUAGUGUUCCAAGCUGGGCACAGGGUGCGCGUACGCCAGCGUAUGGUACUCAAGGUUGGCAAUCUGGUGGUAAAACGCCAGCCUGGAACUCCGGAGCAAAAACACCAGCAUGGAACGCUGGAGGAAGAACGCCAGCAUGGAACUCUGGUAACAAGACUCCAGCAUGGAAUGCUGGCAGCAAGACGCCUGCUUGGAAUUCUGGUAGUAAGACUCCUGCUUGGAAUGCCGGCAGCAAGACUCCUGCUUGGAAUUCGGGUGCCAAGACGCCAGCCUGGAAUGUCGGUGGUAAAACGCCAUCGUGGAAUGCUUCUGGUCCUACGAAUGCUACUGCACAAGCUCCAAUGUACGGUGGCUUCUCUGAAACAACCUGGGAUACUGAUGAUAACAAUGGUUCUUGGGCGGCGCCUACUCCUGGCGGUUGGGCGGCCCCUACACCUGGUGGGUGGAAUGAAGAUGAAGGAAAUUCCCCUAAUUAUGUGCCGCCGUCACCAUAAAAAGAAACAUAUAAAAAUGAGUAAAUAUUCAUUCACACUAUUAUUUCAAACGUGGUUUAUUUUAAUAUGUUUUAAUUUUUGGUGACUGUUUAUAAAGACGAUUAUAAUUUAGCAAUGGUUCAUGAAUUAGAAAAGCUUGCAAAUUUUGUGUAUAAUAUUGAUUAGGUACUUCAUUAAAUGAAAUAUGGCGUGUGACAUUUUUCCAUAGUAUGCUA